CCUUUCUCAUCUACCCAAAAACGUUAACACAAACACGUACAUCUCAUUAAAAAUCCUCACUCUCUGUUUUUCUUUUUUUAAUUCCCAGUCUACUUUUUGAUUUUCCCCCAUCGAAUGAGCCAAAUAAAAACCAUCCACAAUCCCAUAGGGUCAUUAGAGAGAUUUUUGGAUCUUCUCUUGAUCUCUCUCAUCGUUUACAUGACAUUGAAAGGAGGCACGAGUGGUGCUUGUGCUGCGUGCAAGUACCAACGCAGACGCUGCGCCGCGGACUGCCCACUCGCGCCGUACUUCCCAGCCGAACAACCAAAGCUCUUCCAAAACGUUCAUAGGCUAUUCGGCGUUAGAAGCAUUGUUAAAAUACUCGAGAACCUAGACGAAGUUCAGAGACCAGAAGCUAUGAAAUCAAUUAUCUUUCAGUCUUAUGUUCGUGAUCGUAAUCCUGUCCAUGGUUGCCUUGGAAUCACACAACAACUACAAUACAUGAUAUGGGUCGCCGAAGAAGAGCUCAAAGCCGUCAAUUCCCAAUUACAGCUCUAUCGUAGUGGUCAAAAUCAUCCUAACCCUCAUAAUAUGAUGAUUCACGAGAUUGGUGAAAAGCAAGAAGAUCUCACAUCCCAGUUAGAUUUGGGAAUGGGACUUCCGGUUAACAAUAAUAACCAAGGCAAUAAUACAAUACCAUUUUUCAGUCCGGUUUCUGAAACUCAGCAGCAACAACCUCAUAUGUCUUAUUGUAGUGAUCAGGUUAAUAACCAUGACUACAAUCCCAUUCCAGAUUCAUGUAAGGAAGUUCUCAACAAUCAUAAUACUUCUUUGGCUUGGGGUCAGAAUCAAUUUCCUUACAAUCAUCAUAACUAUGGAUUCAUCAAUCAAAACGAGCAUUGUAGCGAGACGAAGAACAACAACAGUGUGAUGGCCAUACAGUCUCAACUUGUUAAUCUUCAGAUGGCAUCGAAUCAACAAAAGGAAGAAGUUGAUGAUCAGAACUACGAUGAAAUCCAUCAAUUCCUAGAAAUCAUCGAUGAGAGUCAAUCUUUCACGGAAACGAAAGAAGUGUACGCUUCAAGCUCUGGUGAAUCUUUGAAGGAACCUAUAGAUGAAAUAGGGGAGAAGGAGUUGAGGAGGGCGGCAACUUGCUUUAGUCUCACGAGUGUGAAUUGAUUGAUCAUGGAGACUGAAUCCUUUAAUUCAAAUUUUUACUUGUCUUUAUGUUUGUUUUUGUUAA